AUGGUGCAAGGAGUCGCGAGCCUCGUGCAGAGCCUGAACGCGACGCUCGUGGAGGUCUUCGACUUCGACCUGAGCCACUGCCUGGAGGAUCUGGACGACCUGCAGAUCGAGUGCAUGGGCUCGGCGCCUCUGAACCGCUUGGCCGUGAUGCAGCGCGACCGCGACAGCGGGUACGAGGACCUCCGCGACAUCUGCAUGGGCCACUGA